AUGUAUACUGAGGACUCAAAGAAAUUUGACAUUGCGAAGUCAUUCAAGGAGCAGCUUGACAAGUUUAACAAGACUGGCGCUGGUGUCACUCCGCUCGAUGAAAACGCGGCUGUUAAUCUACACAAUGCUCGGCUUGCUCCCCCAGAUGCUCGGCUCACUAUCCCAGACACUUGGCUUGCUACCUUAGACGCUUGGCUUGCUCCCCUAGACCCUCAGCUCACUCCCCCUCUCCCUCAGCUUCCUCCCCCUCUCCCUCAGUUCCCUCUCCAAAGCCCACAUGCUGCCAGUGCUCAGCCUGACCCUGCAAGCACUUUGUACCCCCCCUUCCUCAUUACACCGGCACUGGGGGCAGUCCAAUCGCUGAUCUGGAUGGUGACCUCGACAUCGCUUUCUGUGAAGCCACAGAGUUCCGCUAGAUCAAAGAAGAAGAGGACCUCGGUGGCAGAUGUGGAGGAUCACCUUAGCAUGAUCAACGGUGAGAUCCAGAGUAUGCAUAGUGACAUGUCCGAGUGCCGGGAAUCAAAGAACAAACGCUACACCAUCAAGAUGGACUACCAGUCCCAGAAGAAGGAAUACCAGUGGUGCUGCGAGUCCCGUUCACACGAAGUCCUCCUCUCGGCCGCUAAUCAUCAACGUGAGCAGGAAGCCAAGGAUAAGGAGAUCCUCCGCCUUCAGGCUGCAACUGCCUUUCAGGAGAAGGAGGCUGAGAUCUGGUGUCUCAAGAUCCAGUAUGAGUCCAUGAAGCUCCGUGGUGUGGGUGGAGAUGUUGCUGGUCCCUCAUCCUCAUCACCGUCAAUUUGA